CCAAUCAGCGGGCACGCUGAUAGAGCGCGCUGUGUUGGAGACAUACCAGGUCAGAGUGUGCAAGCUACGUCUCAAUAUUUUGAAGUUAACCAAUAAUUCACGGAGCCUAUCUCUUUUACUCUCCCCGUUGAGUCCACAAACAACUUAAAAAAAAUCCACUGGAAAUACCUCACAACAGUUUGGAAUAGGCUACUUGUAGCCCGGGUACGAUCUUGUGAUCAAGUAUCUUUGCGAGAUGGAUCCGGUUCAAAUUAGCUCUCGCUAGUGGUGAACACUCGAUGCAGCCCUCCUGAACCCGUCGGUUUUAUGGACUUCGUUAUUAAUGAUGUCUAUGAGCUUCAUGCCUGAUAGUUUCAAUGCGCCAGAUCCGUCCAAGUCAGCGUUUCUAGAGUUUGGUCACGGACUUCCCACGCACCAACCGCAGCACUCGCCCGGACUAUCGCACAAUAUUUAUCCUGUUCACGGGUUGCAACCGGGUGGACACCCGCAGCACAAUGCUCCUUUCCAAUCUGCCGCCUACUCUUAUGGUCGAUCACUGGGUUACGCUUACCCCGGCUCGGUGAGCUCACAUAACCAGAAUGCGUAUAUGCCAUACCAGCACAGCAACCAUAACAGCACUUUGAGUCAUGCUGCGAAAGUGGAAGAGGCUGAGCGGCACGACAAGACAACGGUCAUUGAAAACGGGGAGAUUCGCCUGAACGGAAAAGGGAAGAAGAUUCGCAAGCCGCGGACAAUCUACUCAAGUCUUCAGCUCCAGGCUCUACACCAGCGCUUUCAGCAGACCCAGUACCUCGCCCUGCCCGAACGUGCUGACCUUGCGGCCAAACUAGGGCUCACACAGACGCAGGUGAAAAUAUGGUUUCAGAACAAGCGUUCAAAAUACAAGAAAAUCAUGAAACACGGUCCCAUCGGACACGAGGGAGAGCACCUGCAUACCACGCCGUCAUUGUCUCCUUGCUCCCCGGGACUGCCCCAGCUCUGGGAGGUGUCCAUGGCCGCUAAAACGGCACCUAUGCAUCCGGGCGGGUAUAUGAACAAUUUUGGACACUGGUACCCCGCGGCGUCUCACCAUCAGGAGUCCAUGAACAUGAACAGACCACCGAUGAUGUGA